AUGGCAAUCCAGUUCCGUUCCCUCUUCCCGUUGGCACUGCCUGGGAUGCUGGCACUCCUUGGCUGGUGGUGGUUUUUCUCUCGUAAAAAAGAACCCAUCAGCAAGCAGGACAAGCAGGUGGAGGCCAUUGCUGUGGAACUGAGGAGAGAUCCUGCCACUGAGGAACCACCGGUGCUGGAAGACACCUGUCCCAGAGUUGUGUCAACACCCCUCAGUGUCACACAGCUGCCAGAAAAGGAACUGUCUGCCACAAGUAAGCCUUCUGUAGAGCCCCCAGCUUUGCUACGGGCACACCCAACCCUUCGGAAGUCAGAGUCCUCAGGGAGCCUUAACACUACAGACACAAGAUUUCGACCCGGAACCCGCAAAGAUGACAGUGCAAAGCUGGAAUUGCCCCUAACUUGUGAUGAAGCAAAGUCCAUUCCCCUUGAGCAUCCGCUUUUAUCACCGAAGGGGGAACCAUUCCCCCAUGACGCGAUUGAGGGGUGCAAGCAAGAGCCCAUGUUCAGUAGGACGCCAGGGAAGGCCUGGCCCGGCCAGCCAGCAGCCCUUGCAGAGAAGUGGGGCCCUGGGGAGAAAGCAAAGGAGUUAGGGCACACAGAAGGAACCGGGGAUGCGGUGCUGGGAGAAAGUGUGCUGGAGGAAGCGGUGUUGUCUCAGGAGCACGGUUCUGAGCUGGAAAAUGGCAAAGCGGCCAGCCUGGCCCCUCGGCAGCUAGGCGAGGAGAAAGGGAAGCCCAGCCCGCCACAGGGGCCUGGGCUGGUGCAGGAGGAGGACUCUGUGGUGGAGGAAUUGGUGCACACUGAGCUGGUGAAGGAUGAGGAAGUGCCAGUCCCUGGAGUCAGAGAUGACCAGCCCCGAGAUGAAGACCAGGCAGGAGAAGCGAUCAAAGAGGAGAUGGCAGAUACAAAUGAGAAGUUGGAACAAGCUGCCUUCCAGAUCAUCUCCAAGGUGAUCUUGGAAGCAGCCGAAGCAAUGCAGGCCACCAGAGGGGGUGAGAUUACAGGUGGAGUGCAUCCAGCCUCAGACAAUGAGCUCCAAGGGCCUGAAGAGGAGAGAGGUGCUCCUGUCAGCCAGGAAGCUGUCCUGGAGCAAGGUGCUGCAGCGCCCACUCUGGCCAUAGCAGAGGUGCCUGCGGCCAUGUUACCUACAGCCCUGUCCUUGUCAGACCCACUGGCAGAGGACCCAUGCCGUCCAAAAACCUACGUGAGCUGCUUGAACAGAUCUCUCUCUAGCCCCACCAAGGACAGCAAGCCACCCCGGAACUCUGCAUACCACAUCUCGAUGACCUCCUGCCCCUCACAGGCUGCCCCACCUGGGGAGCCUCCAGACAACACAAACGUCCUAGUGGAAGAUGCAGGCUGCGUCACCUGCACGUCGGGUGGCAACCAGGAUGCUCCCUCUGUGGGCUCCUCAGGCCGGUGCUCGGAUUCCACCAGCACAUCUGGCAUCGAAGACUGUUGCACAGACACUAACUCCAGCCCCAGGGACAAGAGCAUCACCCCACCACUGCCAGAAAGUACUGUGCCCUUCAGCAAUGGGGUGCUGAAGGAGGAAUUGUCAGAUUUGGGGGCUGAGGAUGGAUGGAGCGUGGACGCAGAAACAGACCAUUCGGGAGGUUCUGACGGAAACAGCAUGGACUCCGUGGAUAGUGGCUGCAACCUUAGCAAGACCGAAGGCUUCCAGAGUGCCCAGGCAGGGUCUGACCCUAAGAAGGUCGACCUCAUCAUCUGGGAGAUUGAAGUGCCAAAGCAUUUAGUGGGCCGGCUAAUAGGCAAACAGGGGCGAUAUGUGAGUUUUCUGAAGCAGACAUCUGGUGCCAAGAUCUACAUUUCAACUCUGCCCUACACUCAGAACAUCCAGAUCUGCCACAUAGAAGGCUCUCAGCAUCAUGUGGACAAAGCGCUGAACUUGAUUGGGAAGAAGUUCAAAGAACUGAACCUCACUAAUAUCUACGCUCCUCCACUGCCUUCACUGGCGCUGCCUUCUCUACCGAUGACCUCCUGGCUCAUGCUUCCCAACGGCAUCACUGUGGAGGUGAUCGUGGUUAACCAGGUUAACGCAGGGCACCUGUUUGUGCAGCAGCACACGCAUCCUACCUUCCAUGCCCUGCGCAGUCUGGACCAGCAGAUGUACCUCUGCUACUCUCAGCCCGGGAUCCCCACCUUACCCACCCCUGUAGAAAUCGCCGUCAUCUGUGCUGCCCCUGGUGCUGAUGGUGCCUGGUGGCGGGCCCAAGUGGUUGCCUCAUACGAGGAGACCAACGAAGUGGAGAUUCGCUACGUGGACUAUGGUGGAUAUAAGAGGGUGAAAGUGGACGUGCUCCGGCAAAUCAGGUCAGAUUUUGUGACGCUGCCAUUCCAGGGAGCAGAAGUCCUCCUGGACAACGUGAUGCCCUUGUCAGAUGAGGAGCACUUUUCACCAGAAGCAGAUGCAGCUAUGAGUGAGAUGACAGGAAACACAGCAUUGCUUGCGCAGGUGACAAGUUACAGCCAGAGCGGUCUCCCUCUGAUUCAGCUGUGGAGUGUGGUUGGAGAAGAAAUGGUGUUGAUAAACCAGUGGCUGGUAGAGCGAGGACUCGCCCAGUGGGUGGACAGCUGCUACACAAGCCUUUGA